GGAAGUUCGAUUAUUCCUUCUCGACUUCUAGGUCUGCUUCACUGUCUCCCGCUUCCUCGUUCCGACCAAUAGCCUCGCAACAACUCCAAUAAUUGGAAGCGGAGUUGAUUGGCUAGAUCUUCUUGAAGAAUGGCGGCCAACGCGACUACCAACCCGUCCCAGCUUUUGCCGCUUGAACUGGUGGACAAGUGUAUAGGCUCUCGUAUUCAUAUUAUAAUGAAAAGUGAUAAAGAAAUUGUUGGCACACUCCUAGGAUUUGAUGAUUUUGUCAACAUGGUAUUAGAAGAUGUCACUGAAUUGUAAGUAUUGCUUCUCUGGCUUACAACCUCAACAGAUUUUGUGUUUGUUUGUUUUUUGGAUCAACAAGUGUCUAACUUUUGCCCUUUUCUAAAGGUGCUGUUUAUUUCUCUUAAUAUAGUAGAUUUCGAUUUCUCUGAUACAAUGCAUAAGCUAAUAGACUUUCGGUAUUGGCUGAGAAUUAUUUGAAUGGCAUGUUCUAAUUGCGUUUUCAUACAUAUUUUAAAAAGUAGUGCAUAAUAUUUUUUGCAUUUAAAAGUUUACAUAUAUAUUUGCCAACUACAUUCUAUCUAUUCUGUCCUUCUCAGUUAAUAUACUUAUUACAAUGCAAUAAUUUUUUAAUUCUGGAAAUUUGAUCCUGAAAAAUAUUUUGUCUAAAAAGAAGCACGUUAGUUAAAAAGAUUUAUCAGAACAUAAAUAUGGGACAACAUCAACAUUACAAGAGACUACAAAGACAUUGCAGGUAAUGAAAUUGGGGGUAGACAAUCUAUCAAAACUGAAUGAAUUUUCUGUUGAAUGUUGUAGAUCUUUUAGAAAAUUAUUGGUACAUUUAUUAUUAAAGGGUAAAAUAUUGUUAUGGAUUUACAACUUGAGAUAAGGAUAUCCCAUCUGGGUUAAAUGACACUUUGAGAUACUGCCAAUAGUUCAACUAAAAUUGUAAAAAAUCAAGAGUUUUCUUCCCACCUCUACCUGAGAGUUCCAGUUGAAGGUGUUAUAUCAAAGACAUCUAGCUCCUGCUAGAUUAGCAUACUGUAUAUCCGUGAUGGCAAACCUAUGGCACGCGUGCCACCUAUGCACGACACACCCCACCCCACCCCCGCGCUUCCCUCGCUUUUGGCAUGCGAGCCAAAAAAAGAUUCACCAUCCCAUAUGUCGCAUACAUUCUUCAAAAUGUUAAGAGUGGCUGUAGAAAAGAGAUCAUUUUAAUAUACAUGGUAGAUGUGUGAUAAGUUAAUACUCUUCUGGCACAAAGUUUUUGCUAAAGUUAACAUAACAACACAUAGUCAAAUGCUAUUUUUUUUUUUAUAAAUUAUUUUUUAUU